AUGCCGGCAAAGAAGAAGACCGACAAGAAGGAGGAGCAGGUGUUUGUGGAGGAGGAGGGCAGCUACGUGCACGAGGAGCAGUCCGCACGGUACGUGGGCGGCGUGCGGCGGCUGACGGAGAGCACGUACCGCUGCCGCCAUGGCCGCGGCGUCUUCACGAGCCCGCUGGUCCGCUACGACGGUGACUGGCAGGAGGACGAGAUGCACGGCAGCGGCGAGCUGCGGUUCCUCACGACGGGAGACACGUACCGCGGACAGUUCGUGCGCGGGAUGUUUGAGGGCAGCGGCACCUACACGUGGGCGUCCGGCGCCGUGUACGACGGGGCGUGGCGCAGCAACCGCAUCCACGGGCUUGGCACCUACACCGACGUGCAGGGCAAAGUGUGGAGCGGCAAGUUCUACAACGGCACCGGCCCGGGCCUCACGCCAUUCGCGGGCAGCGGCUGCAAGGGCGCGGCGGCGCAUGCACUAGAUGAACAACCACACGAGCAGCAGCAGCAGCAGCAGCAGCGACAAGAGGGAGUGGCGGCGUGA